CCGAAAGCGGCACCGCGGCGUCCAGUUGCGGCCAUGGCUGCUCAGCGUGGGGUACCGCAGUUGCGGGUGCUGGAGGAGGCUCUGGGCAUUGACUUAUCACACUCGGGGGACGCGGCAGAGGCAGUAGCCUCCGAAGGUGCCUACUACCUGGAGCAGGUCACCAUAACUGAAGCCUCAGAAGAUGACUGUGAAUAUGAAGAGAUACCAGAUGACAAUUUCAGUAUUCCAGAAGGAGAAGAAGAUCUGGCAAAAGCAAUGCAAAUGGUUCAAGAGCAGGCCACAGACGUUCAGAUUCUGGAGCAGAAAACAGUUCUUCCUCCAAGGCAUGUAGCACACGAAACCAUAGAAGACUUUCUCUGCAAUUUCUUGAUCAAAAUGGAAAUGAGAAGAACGCUGGACUGCUUUCAGGCUGAGUGGUAUGAGCUAAUACAGCAGAGAGGGGCUGACCUCGGAAUGCAGCAGAGUGUUCCCAGUGUCUACAACCAGCUGAUGCUUUUAGAGAAUGAGAACAAAAACUUGAAGAAAGAUUUGAAACACUUCAAACAGGCAGCUGAGAAGGCCAGAGAAGAGCUGCUGAAAACUCAGAAGGAGCGGAAUUUCCAUCGCAUGCACCAUAAGCGCGUAGUGCAGGAGAAGAACCGGCUCAUCACCGACCUCAAAGGGCUGAAAUUGCAUUAUGCAUCUUACGAACCAACUAUAAGGGUGUUACAUGAGAAGCACCAUGCUUUACUGAAGGAGAAAAUGCUGACAUCCUUGGAAAGAGACAGAGCUGUUGGGAAGAUUUCUGGGCUUCAAGCAACACUGAAGAACAUAAACAUCGCACAUAUCCAUGUCCCUGUAAUUAAAGGACUUCAUGAGACUGCUUCUACCUCAGAAGAGAUGGGAGACAUAGUUAGUUAUAGUUGUGAGAAAGAAAACAAGUCUGAAGGGCCUCCUCCAAAAUGCCUUCAUGAAGACAGGGAAGAGAAUGGCUAUAAAGCAAAGAUGAAGAAUGAAAGAAAGGAUUCAGAAUUUCCCACAGAUAUGCAACCAGAUCCAAACUUGUGUGUAUAUAAAGAAAACCUUUCUCCAGCAAAAUAUGACUACAAGCUGAACAAUAUUUUUAGACUUCAUGAACUCCCAGUGAGCUGCAUCGUCAUGCACCCCUGCCAAGACUCUCUGGUCUCCUGUAGUGAGGAUCGCCUCUGGAAGAUGGUGGGCAUCCCAAAGGGCAACGUACUUUUUGUGGGCUCUGGUCAUACUGACUGGCUGUCGGACUGUUGCUUCCACCCCAGUGGCAGCAAAUUGGCUACUUCAAGUGGUGACACCAGCGUUAAAUUAUGGGACCUCUCAAGUGGUGAAUGCGUGUUGACCUUUGAAGGACACAGCCACGCAGUGUGGUCCUGCACAUGGCACUCAGGUGGUGAUUUCGUGGCUUCUGCCUCACUGGAUAUGACUAGUAAAAUCUGGGACGUCAAUAGUGAACGGUGCAGAUAUACUUUAUAUGGCCACACGGACUCUGUGAACAGCAUCGAGUUUUUUCCUUUCUCGAACACUCUUCUCACCGCUUCUGCAGACAAGACCUUGUCUGUGUGGGAUGCACGAACAGGUAAAUGUGAGCAGUCUCUGUAUGGUCACAUGCAUUCCGUCAAUGAUGCCACCUUCACACCUAGGGGUCACAUAAUAGCAUCCUGUGAUGCCCGUGGAGUUACAAAGUUGUGGGACUUCCGGAAGCUCGUUCCUAUUGUGUCUAUUGAUGUGGGUCCAAGCCCCGGCAAUGAGGUGAACUUUGACUCAACAGGUCGAGUCUUAGCUCAGGCGAGCGCCAACGGAAUUAUCCAUUUGCUGGACCUUAAAUCUGGGCAAAUCCACAAACUGGUGGGCCAUGAGAGUGAGGUGAACACUGUGGUGUUUUCCCGUGAUGGGAAGAAUCUGUAUUCUGGAGGUUCUGACGGCACCAUUCGACUGUGGCUCUGAUUGGCAACAGCAACACGCCGAUGCAAAGGGCAUUCCCUCUAAACCUUAAAAAAAAAAAGCCUCAUAGAGUCUCCUCGCAAGCCAGUAAGCAACUGGUAAAAACAACCAAUAAAUAACGUAUUUGUUUUAAAACAAG